UCGAUUGUGCUACAAAUAUCUGGCCUUAGCCAAGCUACCACGCUACUCUUACCUUCUUUAUCUCUCCCCGGUUUGUUGGCCGCCAUUCGUUGCUGCAAAAGUCUCAGGCAAAAGCCGCAUGGAGUGCAGAAGAACCAUCGUCCACUACUAGCGGAUGCUGAUCGAAUCGGUGCGAAAGUGAACAAAGGACGGAUUUAAUUACUUAGGCGCGGAUCGAUCCCGUGUCGUGCGUGUGUUGAAGAUCCUGCUCUACGAUUACCCUCACUCCUUGCGUUUGAGGGAAGAAAACGCUUUGUUCCUGCAAGUCAUAGAUAGUGAGAAGAAAGCGCCACCACGCAACCUCGGCAAUCUUCACAUCGCCACCUUACCCACUGCUCUUGACGUCAGCAAUCGGUGACACUGGUGUGUACAUUCAUGAACUGCUUCAAACGUUUGCUCCUGGCGGCGGCGCUGCUGCUCGCCCUGACGGCCACCGGCACCACUGGCCGCGCCGUCGAUCUGGACACGGACGGUACGCUCUCGGCGUCGGCUGGUUCCUCGUCGGAAAGUGUCCGGGGACGCGACGUACGGCCAACGUUCGUGAAAGUUACGGCCGCGCCACCGGCACGUGCUGUCCAGAUCCGUGGCACCACGGUCGAGCUGGAGUGCGAAGUGAUGGGCUCGCCGACCCCCUCUGUCCAGUGGGUGCAUGGUAGUGGCCAAACAGCUGACUGGGAAGAUGUCAGUGUGAACGUCAUUACUGAGGACACUCCGACGUCGGUUGCCCGCGUGGUGACGCGCUUGGUUAUUGAUCGGACGUCCCGUGCCUCCCAGACCACCUACACGUGCAUCGGUCGCACGGCCGGCCUGGAGUCCAGCUCGUCCACCGUCGUGUACCACGUCGACAGUGUGGCCCACCUGGGUAACUUCUCCGACGUGCCGCUGCUGCGCCCAUCGCCCACCGUCGACUCGGCGCUGCACAUGUUCAAGAACCUGAAGGGCGCCCGUAUUACGCUCCACUACCGAACACUCUUCGAGAACAUGGGCACGACCGUGGUGCUGCCGUGCAAGGCGGUCGGCCGACCGCUUCCCGAGAUCACCUGGCUGAACGAGGAGGGCAAUGUGGUCGGAAGCAUGCAGGAUCCGCGCUUCCGCACCCUGCCGACCGGUGAGCUCAUCAUCACCGGACUGCGGUGGUCCGAUAUGGGCUCGUACACGUGCGUCGCAAAGAACGUCCUAUCGAAAGACGAGGCCGACACGUUCAUCUACCCGAUACGGCCCAACUAAAAUGCACGGUUUGACCCCUCAAAACUUCGUCGCAAGUAGUAGCGUUAGAUAAUGCAGGAACGUUUGGAAAUGAAAUCUUAUAUGUAAAGCUAAGGAUAGAAAACAUGGAAAGAAGUAACUAAAGAUAAUUGCAACAUUGCAACAAAACAAAACAAAAAAUUACAAAAAAAAACUGGUUAGAACCGAAACACUUAUGCCAUUUACUUAACUUAUUGUACGUUGUGCAAAACUAAUGAUACAUUCCAUAAUGCUACCAGCAAACAAAUUAUAUUUUAAAGAAACAACAGAAGUCGUAUAGAAGAAGAAAAAUACCACUUAAAACCAACCAGGCAGCUAAGCGCACUCGCUCAAGUGCAGCGUACUAUUUUUAGUUAUUUAUAAUAUAUCCUAUGUCAUAAUAGAACAUAUAAAAAAACCUAAUGUAAUGUAUGUGUUUUACCUGUACCGUACAGUGAGCGCAUACAGCAAAACAAACCAUCCUCUUGUGCUCUCUAUGCGAUGAUAGCGAUGUUAAUCUCCUACUUUACGUAAAUGUGUGACAGAAAGGGCGGAUGCUGGUCGAUGGUACCGGUUCUAAAAUAAGCGAGUUCCCCAAUAGAGCCGGCUUCCGGUCACUCGGGCGCGCGCGGGGAAAGUUUUGAAUGAAAAUGUGUAAAUAUAUCUACCACUUGUCUCGCUACCAAAACCCGAAGGAAGAAGAUGCCGGAGAAAGACGGGGAACAAAGGGAACCAUUUGGUGCCAGAAUGGCACAGUAAGAUUAAGGAUUUUAUGACGCGGUGACGGUAGCGCUUCGUACGCUACGGUUUGGUUUUCGGCCCAAGGAGGAACGCCGGUCCCAAAUGUAGGUGCUGCAAAAAGAAAUAACCGCAGUGGUGAAAACAAAACAAAUCGAACGAUUACCAAUAAAAUGUUGCCUAAACACAGCAUAAAGCUCUUUUGUUUUUCCUCUAGCUUUUAAAUAAUAAACUACUCGUAAAUUAUCCACAUACUUAAAACUAUAGCCUCAUCUUUCUACUUGUGUAUUACAGUGAGUUAUGAGAAGUAAAGACAAAAGAUCGAGGCAAUUUCCAAAUUAAAGAAAAAUUAACAGAGAUACGGGCUCGUCAUCGAGCUGUACAACUGGUUUCACUCAUCGUUAUAUACAAUUGUUCGUCUACCUGUAAUAAACGUGAUUAGCACAUGAUAAA